GGGAACAUGAGCAUGUGUACGAAGUGAGGCACACCAGCCACAUCCAGAACGCCACAAUUUGAUCUCGGUGCUUUUUUGUCAACGAAAGUGGCUGGAGUCCAGUUGUUCCAUCCAGAAGGGUCCUUGAACUCCACAUGACAGCACCCACAUCCAUGUGCAGCAGCGCGCGUUGGAGACUGUUCGAGACUCGGAGUUGGAGGCCAAGGACGGACACUCGAUGACAAUCGAUGCGCACGACAGCGCGCCGCCAGCCGGAAUCAAAGGUGAAGAAAGGGUGAUAUAGGCUCCUUGGGGACCGGCCAAUGCGAUGACAUAUCGAGACACGAUGCCGCCAGGGCAGGCAUACGGUGGUGGACAUCAACCGCAGCAUCCUCAAUUCCACCCUCAGCAACACGCAUACGGGCAACACCAGGCGCAACAGCAUCAGCAACGACCUCAGUUACCGCAACCACAGGGACAACCACAUCCGCGUCUGCCACCCGUGUCGCAGACUGCCUAUCCCCCAUAUGCAAAUGGAUACCAAAAUGGGAACCAGCAGCAGUACCAACACAAUCAAUAUGUCCAUCCCGCAUACCCUCAGCAGCAGUACCCACAAUCGCAACCACAACUGCAACCGCAGCAACUUCUGCUCCCGCACCCGCAACCACCGGCACAACAACACCGCCAGCACCAACCACAACCGCCGGUGCAGCCGACUGCCCAAUACUAUCCGGCUUCGAAUGCGCCACAGCCGCAGCCCUAUGUAAACUACAGUAAUGGGACCUAUACUCAACCUUCACCAUCACAACCACCGCAACCACCGAUACCCACCCCCUCGGCCGCUCCCGUACAAUUUGUCAACCCCUCCUACCUUCAGCAAUCACCUGCCACACCAAGAUCUACGAGUCAUGUACCACCGGCAUCGCAGCCUCCAGCGAGAACGAUGAGUCCUCAGAUAUCACAGCUUCCUCCGAUUGCGAGACCCCCGCAGCGAACACCGUUUGCCGAAGAUAGCCCAAAGCUCAAUGAGCGACCACCACCUUCUCGAGCGGCGCCUUCACUGAAAAUACCAAAAGACCAAAGACGACCUAGUGUUGGAGCAGGAGUUGCAAAGUCGCCAGCCACGCCCAGUUCCUCGGCACAUACCGAAACGCUCCCCCUUUUAAUAUCUGUAGCCGAGGACUGUUUCGAGAAGGCAAACACGGCGUCUCAAAGAGUCGCCAAAUCCAUGUCUGAGGCGGAAGUAGCGGACCACCACAAAUUAGUGGCGACUGGCUUGGGGUGUCUGGAUGUUGCUCUCAAGUCGAACAAGUUGUGGCCUCGUCUGGAAGUGAGGCUGUGUUUGCGAUAUGCCAGCGUACUGAUUGAUGAAACGACCAACAUCAUGGAGGCAGAAACGACCCUGACGAGAGGGAUAGCUGUUUGCGACAAGAACCGAUUUCUUGAUCUCAAAUACUGCUCCCAGUUUCUCCUCAUGAAGACGCUCUUUCAACGAAAUCCCAAAGCUGCUUUCAAGCUCAUUGAGGGGCACAUUUCGGAUUGCGGGACUUACAAACAUGUUCACUGGAUCUAUGCUUUCCGGUUCCUCAAGGCGUCGUUCCAUCUCCAGGCCGGAUCUCCAGCCGAACACGGCGCGAUUGACAAUCUACGAAAAAUUGCCGGGGUUGCCAACCAGCGCAAAGAUUUUUCGAUUUUUGCCAUGGCCAUGCUGUUAGAAGGGUUCGCACACAUGACCACCAUGAAGGAUGACUGGGCCAACCGGGUGCAGUUGUGUGUUGCCCAGGUGUCCAAGAUACAGUUGGAGUCGUCUAUUCAGAUACCACAGAUCGAUAUACUGUUGCGACUGCUUGAUUUGGCCUGCAGUCUUCACCAGAAAUCACAUCAGGUUGCGGCGCAAAAGUUGACUGUUCUUCAAAGACAGCUGGAAGAGCUCAAGAACUCGCCGGACUGGCCGCUUCAGAAUGGGGAGGUGUUGUUGUCUAUCAACCGGAUGUCGAAUACGGCGCCGACGGUUAGUAACGAUACGAGGGCGGUGGUGCGGCAGGGAGAGGGGAAUGCAGACUAUCUGGUCUUGUCGACAUUGGGGAAGCAGGAGGCUUGGGCUAUAGCCUGGGUCUUCAACGGCAUCGUCGCCCACUACAGAGCCACCACCCCCGGCCGGAGCGCAACCUUGUGGAACGAAGGCCUCCGCGUCCUUGACGACACCAAAGUCUCCACCGCUCCUCAGCCCCUUCCAGAAGCCCUCAGGCAACACGACUGGGCCAGAGAACUAACCUGCUACACCCACAUUCUCAUUGGGCUUCAGGCAGCCACAGUCACCGACUGGGCCAGAGUAAAGCAGAGCCUUGAUGCCAUCCACGAGCAACCCCACACGUCCCCCUCGCCGGGCAGUUCGGUCGAUAUCUUAACCCUCUACCUCGAAGGCUGCCAGCAGCAGGGCAUGGCCAACAUGGACGAAGCGCUCGCCAUCUGGAAGAACCCCCGUUUUGAGCUUGAUCCCACGGGGGCGUACAAGAAUGGCUCCCGGCUCGAGACAGAAUUGUGUAUCCUUGCCGCGCUGAACAGGGUGUACAUUAUGCAAGAACCCAACCACCGCGACAGCGCCGAGACGGCCGAGUUGAUUGACCUCCUCCGCCCCAUCUGCGAGGACAAUCCCGAUCUUGAAAUCAGAACGGCCUGGAAUCUGGUGUUGGCGUCGAGCACAUUUGAACCGGAGCUGUCGCUCAAUCAAGCGAAACGGCACAUCCAGGGGGGCCUUUCGGGAGCGCAGCAGCUGAACAAUACGCAGUAUUUGAGCAUGGCGCUGAAUAUUAUGAGGUGUAAGCUGUUUGAGAAUGUGGUGGGGGAGCAGGCGCUGAAGAGUGCCAAGGCGGGGGCGACGCAGGCGAGGAAGAGCGGGAAUUUGUUGUGGAUGAGUGUGGCAGAGGGGAUGCUGGGGCAGAGUUUUGAGAUUGAGGGGCGGGUGGGGGAGGCGGGAAGGGCGAGGGGGGAGGGGGUGAGGUUGGCUAAUGAGGCUUAUGAGAAGACGCAGUUGAGGUAG